AGUGGUCACGCUUGGAUAUUGCAACAGUAAGUGUGUAGCAGGCUUCCAGGAAAGCUGCUCAGACUUUUAGCAAAUUUUUCCCAAUGGCCACUUACAGUAUUGCAUCCAAAAAAAAAUCCUCUGCACCCCAAACAGAAUUUUCCCCAUAGAUCACCACUGUAAAAGACAUCUCUGUAAAACUGUUGACAGGAUACCUCAAACUCCAAUGAAGGUAAUAUAUGAAUCUUUCUUUACUGAAUUUUUGAGCCAUGGUGGUUCAAUAUUUGUAAAUAUUUCCUUGAGCUGAGAAAAACAGUUUUAAAAUAUCUGACGUCAUCACAAGUCUGAGCACAGUGAGAACUCGCAUGUGGGGCCAGUGGGAGAAACACUAUUGCGCAUAUUCAGUGGGCUGCAUAGCACAGAAGUACACCUGGAAGCUAGAAAACAUUUUGGUCUAUGUGCCAGGCGAGCACCUUCAUUGGAAUGAAAAGGUGCCAUCUUGCUGUCUAGUAUCUAGUUAUUAUUAAAAUAUGUAGCAUUGAGGCAUACAAGCAACACUGCCAGUUAAACCCUGCAAAAUACAGUCAAAUACAAUUUUUAUUACAAUUAAGAGCCUCUCGCUCCGGGUUUGAUCCCCCCCCAAAAAACUUCAAGUUUGUAGAUAUGAAUAACCGCCCUCUAGUGGUCACAGUGCUAUAUGUAAUAAAUCAAGUUGGCUUCUAUGACUUAGAAGCAUGCUAUAUUUCCUGUGAACACUUUCAAAAUGCAGUGACCAAACUAAAACAAUCAAAGAUAAACUAUUUUACCAAAAUAAUUAUGAAAUGCUUAAGUUAAUUGUUGCCCUCUGUGUUAGAAACUAGUUGUUUUUUGUUUUUGUUUUUCUCAUAAGUGUCCUAGGAAUAAGGUGUUAAAGGUUGAAAGCACCAAAAGUAUACCUCUUAAAACUUGCCCAGUUUUACUUAAAAUAUACUUCAUAAUCACCAUGCCCAAAGGAGAAGUAGGUGUUGUUGACAAAGCAACACUAUCAUCUUGUGUUUUGUAUCAGCUGGUAUCAUCUUUGGGAGAUGACCGGCUUCUGUCCUCUCCAGUCCAGCUAGCGGCGCUGACGCAUCUCUGGCCGUUAAUGAGGAAGAGAAGAAGGCGGCGGCUUACGUCACUUCCGUAAACAAGGCUACUGUAAUGUGGGAUUUAUGUGCCGGGUGUCUUUUGUCAAUGUCGUUUUUACCGUCAUUUAUGCAUCCUGAACGUAUACGAUGUCUCAUCCUGAAUCCUCCUGUACGACCUCACAUGACAUAGAAAACCCUUUUGUGGGUGAGAAUGGAAGAACCGAGGAUGGCUCUGCCGACAGAGAGGCUAGCAGCCCAAACGGAAGUGUGAAGGAGCGUGUCUUAAAGGAGGUAGGAUUCACCAGCUCCGCAUUCAUUGGUCCAGCAUUUCCUCCAAACUCAUCCACAGUCAAGUCUGACUUUGAAGACACACUGAGCGAGUUUUACAAAGAGCUUGAGAAGAUUGAUACACCCGAUGGUGCUCAGGAUAACCCAGGGAAACAAAAUGCAAGUGUUGUUCAAUCACCUCCCAAAACAUCUGCCAGCAAAGAGACUCAGGAUGUGAGCGAGGAGAAAAUAGUUCACGCAAGCAAAUCUGCAGAAACAGAUGGCUACCAGAAAAGCAGUGGGCAGAAACAGUCAUCCUGGUCACACUGGUAUCAAAAUGAACCAUACUGCCCAAGAAGACCGAGGCCAGCUGCUCCUACUCAAAAUCAGUGGCAUUGUCCUCAAACACUAAACAGACCACCAGACCCAAGAUUUAACAGACCCCCAUUCCAUCACCCGCCGCCCCCAUCUGCAUUCCCAAAUCCACAAAACCCAUCACCACAUGUGAAUCAAAACUGGAGCAGUUCAGGCACGACAAACCAAUAUAAAGAGGAGUCGCAUUUUCCAACAUUUUUUAGGUUUCCGCCUCCGAAUGUAUGCAGUCCCCCCUCUCAGGGCUUCUAUGGAGAUCCUCCACAUCACUUCAACAGGGAAGAGCAGGGUCAUAGCCACAAUAUACACUCAAAUAAUGUAAAUGUUGGGUGCUCCAGAGCUGGAAAAGAAGAAUGGUGUCAGUUUGGUGAAGAUAAUGACAGGCUCCAGAGAUUUGAUUCAGAAAGUGAAUCGUGGGAGCAUCACAGACGACCCACUGAUAACAGUAAUGCCUACCAUUCUUCCUUGGUGCUGAUCUUGAUGAGAGGAUUACCAGGAUCUGGGAAGUCAACAUUGGCCAGGGAGCUGCUCUCCACUGGUCCCAGUGGGCUAAUACUAAGCACUGAUGACUACUUUGCUCACAGAGACGGCUACCGCUAUGAAGCAGGGCUUCUGGGAGCAGCACAUGAAUGGAACCAGAAGAGAGCUAAAGACGCUAUGCAUGAUGGUCGAUCUCCCAUCAUUAUUGAUAAUACAAACCUUCAGUCUUGGGAAAUGAAGCCAUAUGUCGAAAUGGCCUUGAAGAGAGGAUACAGAGUGGACUUUUGUGAACCAGACACACACUGGAAGUUUGAUCCUUACGAGCUGGAGAAGAGGAACAAGCACGGUGUUCCACAGGACAAGAUCACACAGAUGAUGGAUCGUUUUUCAUUUCCCAUAUCUGUAGACAUUGUCAUGAGGUCACAAGAGCCGCCUCACAUAAACCAGAGACGUCGACCAGACCAGCCACAGAUGAUGAGGAGAAAACAGGAUUUCCAUUAGUUUUUCACAGAAAUUUAACAAGCCAAAUGAAGAACCACACUUUUGUAAUGUUGUUAAUAUUGUUGCCUGCUCUUUUUACAGGAUUUUUUUAAUUAAUUAUUUUGUUUGCUGUAAAUUUAUGUAAAGAAAGAAGAAAUCUAUUUUUUCUGAAGAAGUUUUCAUAGUUAAAUAAAGUUAAAUUUGCACAAAUAACAUCUUUUCUAGGAAUGAAAAUCUGAAUUAUUUUUGCAUUUUGUGUUUAAUAACUGGUAUUUCACACUCGUCCUUUUGCAGUUUGUCUGUUUUCUACAAUAUUAUAUAUGCAACAACAUGAAAAACCAAAAGGUUGUCCUCAUCGGCUUCAUGUUGUUUUCCUUUCUUUGGUUAGUUGCUAAAAUAGUUUUUCAGUGUGUUCAGAUUUGCUGAAAUCAGUAGUGCAACUGCUGUAAUUUUCUAUUCCAAUGGGACUGUGUCUGAGUUCUUUAAUUCAAAGGAUAAGUUCACACAUUUUCAAGUCUGUCAUAAACAAUACUCAGGUGUGCCUGAAAGAAGUUUGGCUUGCUCUAAUCAUUCCUCCUGUUCAUACUAGACAUUAAGAGUUCCAUUUCUGACAGGGGACAACAUCCA